GCCCCCAUGGAGCGGGUGAGCGAGGCCGCCGCCUGCGGCCCCUCGUCGGGCUGCUACACCUACCAGGUGAGCCGGCACAGCGCCGACGUGCUGCACAGCCUCAACCAGCAGCGCAAGAACGGCGGCCGCUUCUGCGACGUGCUCCUCCGCGUGGGCGACGAGAGCUUCCCGGCGCACCGCGCCGUGCUGGCCGCUUGCAGCGAGUACUUCGAGUCGGUGUUCAGCGCCCAGCUGGGCGACGGGGCAGGUGGCGGCGGCGGCGGCGGCGCGGACGGGAGCGCGGCGGAGGCGGCGGCGGCCGGCGGGGCUGCGGCGGCGGCCGGCGGCGCCCCCGGGGGCGGGCGGGAGCUGGAGAUGCACACCAUCAGCUCCAAGGUGUUCGGAGACAUCCUGGACUUCGCCUACACGUCGCGCAUCGUGGUGCGGCUGGAGAGCUUCCCGGAGCUCAUGACGGCCGCCAAGUUCCUGCUGAUGCGCUCGGUGAUCGACAUCUGCCAGGAGGUCAUCAAGCAGUCCAACGUGCAGCUCCUCGUGCCCCCCGCACGCCCUGACAUCAUGCUGUUCCGUCCGGGGGCUGCCGACCUCGGCUUCCCUCUUGACAUGACCAACGGUGCCGCUCUGGCGCCCAACGGCAACGGCAUCGCCGGCAUGCCCGAAGACGAGGCCACGCGGGCCGCACUCAGCGCCGCUCAGUCCUCCCUGCCCGUGCUGCAGGGCGUGGACCGCCUGCCCAUGGUGGCAGGACCUCUGUCCCCACCGCUGCUGGCCUCGCCCUUCCAGAACGUUGCUGCUAGUGCCCCCACUUUAAGCACCAAGAGGGGCAGAGGGCGUCCCCGCAAAGCCAACCUCUUGGACUCCAUGAUGUUUGGUACCCCGGGGGGCCUGCGAGAGGCCGGUAUCCUGCCUUGUGGCCUCUGUGGGAAAGUGUUUACGGAUGCUAAUCGUCUUCGGCAGCACGAGGCUCAACAUGGGGUGACGAGCUUACAGCUGGGCUACAUAGACAUCCCACCCCCCAGACUGGGUGAAAAUGGUGUCCCUGGUCAGGAUGACCCCGAUGCACCCCGGAAAAGAAGCAGGACGAGGAAACAGGUGGCCUGUGAGAUCUGUGGCAAGAUUUUUCGGGACGUGUACCACCUGAAUCGGCACAAGCUGUCGCACUCUGGCGAGAAGCCGUACUCUUGUCCGGUGUGUGGCUUGCGGUUCAAGCGGAAAGACAGGAUGUCCUAUCAUGUUCGAUCUCACGACGGCUCUGUGGGAAAGCCCUACAUCUGCCAGAGCUGUGGAAAAGGCUUUUCCAGGCCAGACCACUUGAAUGGACACAUCAAACAGGUGCAUACCUCAGAGAGACCUCACAAGUGUCAGCAGGAAAAUGGCAGCCACCAUGGAAUAAGCUCAGAGACAUCCACAUCCAUAGAAAAGUUGAAACUUCAAGAGACUUGUAAUGCUUCCUUUGCCACUCGUGACCGGCUGCGCUCACACCUGGCCUGUCAUGAAGACAAAGUCCCAUGCCAGGUGUGUGGGAAGUACUUGAGAGCAGCAUAUAUGGCAGAUCACUUGAAGAAGCAUAGUGAAGGACCAAGCAAUUUCUGCACUAUCUGUAACCGAGGUUUCUCCUCUGCCUCCUACUUAAAGGUCCAUGUUAAAACCCACCACGGUGUUCCCCUUCCCCAGGUCUCCAGGCACCAGGAGUCCAUCCCGAAUGGGGGAGCAGCGUUCCACUGCGUCAGGACCUAUGGCAUCAAAGAAGGCCAGAAAUGUUCCCAUUCGGACCCGAUUGAGAGUUCUGAUUCAUACGGAGACCUCUCUGACACCAGUGACCUCAAGACUCCCGAGAAACAGAGCACCAACGGGUCCUUCUCGUGUGAGCUGGCAGUGAGCAAAAACAAAAUGGAGACGGAAGGGGAGAAGAAAUACCCGUGCCCUGAGUGCGGCAGCUUUUUCAGAUCCAAGUCUUAUCUGAACAAACACAUACAGAAAGUUCACGUCAGGGCCCUGGGUGGCCCCUUGGGGGACCUGGGUCCUGCUCUGGGAUCCCCCUUCUCACCCCAACAGAACAUGUCUCUCCUGGAGUCCUUUGGGUUUCAGAUCGUCCAGUCAGCAUUUGCAUCAUCCCUGGUGGAUCCAGAGGUCGACCAGCAACCGAUGGGGCCAGAGGGGAAAUGAGAUCAGUGUGAUCUUAGCAAAGCAAAGCAGCAGUCUGGCUAUAGUGAUAAGAUGCUGUGAAUGAAAGGGGAAAUAAUGGAAUUGGGUUCUAUAGCUGAGAAUUUUUUAUUCAUUUUAGCUUCCCUCUUUGUCUCAUGCCCUACCCCCACCUUUAAACUUCCACCGGGGAGAGGGAGAAAAUGCUUCUUAGCUGAUAAAUUACAGAAGAUGGUGGCCUUGAAUAGGAGACAUGACCCAAAACACUAAAUGGAGCUUUAGAGGCUGCUGCUGGUGUUUCUCUGUGUUCUUCUGGAAUAAUGAGAAGUUGCCAGCACUGGUGUGAGAACGAGACAGUCCUAGUGACCGAGGCACCUGGGGAGCUACAGCUACAGGGAGCUAUGGUUUUGUUCUCUCUCUAUUCCCCACCCUCCCUAAACUACCCCAGAAAAACAGUAAGUUUUAAAAACAGACCCACUAUUGAAUAACAUUAAGUAAAAUGCCCCGUGGUUCCUGGCAGGUUACAAUGCAGUUGUCCUUUUAAAACCAGAAAAAGUUUAAAGGAGGUGAGAGAAUUCGAACCCCUUCUGCCUUUGUGAGGCUGUGAGUGCUGCAGCAGGACUGAACUGCUGAGAAAAAUCACCUUUCAGAACAGGUUGUUUUCAUUACUUUUGACCAUUAAACUUGCUGUCAGGUUUUUAAUUCUUUAUUAUUAUUAUUUUAGGACCUGUUGUAGUGAAUUGCUACUGAAAAGCCAGUCUAAGGCGAUACGCAGAGCACUCGUAAAGCAGCAGUCACAUUAGGGUUAGUAUUAAUUUUUUUUUUUUUUUAGAUGUACCAUAAUUAAUAACUUGGCUAGUUGGUUGUUUUAAGUCUAUGAAAGGAAUAGUUUUUAUGAAAAGAAAAAAAAAAGAAAAAAAAAAGGAAGGAAAAAUACCAUUGCAGUCUGGUUGACUGGUGCUCAUUUUUCAUGUGGGGACCUAGGGUAUGAACACGAUCAGCUAUCGGGUUGACACUAUGUACCACUGACUUGUUUAGUGUGAAUAAACCCAGGGGUUCACAGAGUGAUUUUGGUUUAAUUGGAUUGGACUCUAUAUUAAAGAAGUUAGUAUGUUACUUUGCAUCCCCUCGUUUUGUCUGGUUUUUGAGCAAUUCAGCCACCUGUCCAAAAGGUGUGCAAGUGAGAGCCAGUAAAUAAGAUGUUAAUCCCACUCUACACAGUGCUGUAUUCUGAGCUGGGCUUUUUGGCCACAGUCGUGCUCUCCUGAUCUGCCUCUAGUCAGGUUUGCAAAAGCCAGUCUUAAUCCUUUCUUUUCCAAAGAAGAAGGGUUUCUAGUAUAAGAGGUGGGAAUUGCAAACAGCAUAUCUCUGAAAAAGAAUUGAUUACAAAAUGCAAAGAAGCUGGGCUUUAGGCUGUUACAGGUUCCAUUUAAUCUGAAAAUACCACUUGUGCAGAAAUAAUGUCCUUUCUUGACCCUCCCUUUCCUCCCAUGUUACUUGUCAAGGUUUUAUGUACCAAACCCAGGUAUAAAUGUUGUUUAACACAGGGUUAGGAGUUAGGAAUACUCUGAGUUUUAAUUAUGGUUCUGCUGUUGAUGCUCAAGGUUACAUAGAAGAGUUCCCUGAAUUUAUUCCUAAAUUUCCUAUCUGUGAAGAGUUUUCUCUACAUCACAGUUGUAGAGAGGGUUAAUGAGCAAAGGUUUAAGCAGUGCUUUGGUAAACUGCUUUGUGUUCUGAAUGUCUCUAGAAAGGCCAUUCUGAAGAGCCCAAGCCCCACACCAAACUUGCAUCCCAUGGAACAGUGCCUGUCUCCAUCAUUAAUACAGUGCUGGAGCAGGGCAGAUCCCUCAGAUUAGGAUCCACAUCUGCUGCAGGAGAUGUGUCUGUGUUAGAUGGGAUGGAGCCACAAACUGCUGUUGCACCACAGCUUGCCUUGCCCAGGUGCUCCUGAUCCAAACCCUGCAGCUAAUGCAGAACUGAAAUCAGACACAUUCCCAUUUUGGUUUUAUGUUUGGAUUAUAGAGCCUUUUGUAAGUAUAUGGAUUUUGGAAUGACCUUCUAAAUUCUACAGAGUUAGAAGUCCCAGAUUCUCUUGUUAGAAGCUACUUUUUUGUACUUGCUCUCGAGUGUUAUAAACCCAGGAUGAAUAAUCAAUGGCUUUCUCUUUAUAGCACCAGCACUUUCUAAAUUGAGAGCAUGUUGCAGUGGACUUGAUGUUUUGCUAUUAAUCUGUGUUGGGAGACUGAAGGACAUGUUCUUCUCCAGUCAUCUUCUCCCAGAAUCCCUGGAAUAGGUAUGAGUCUCAUGUAAAAGGAAAAAAGCAAGCAAACAAACCCACCUUCAGACUAAAGCUUCAUGGAAUUGCUGUUACUGUACUGGUGCUUGCUUGAGGAAGUAGAUGCCAAAGUAAACUUCAAAGGAACUCCAGACUUCAGUGUUGGAAGAAUGAACAGAGAGCAAGAGCUCUCUUUGGGUUUCAUGAGAGAUAAAUGGACAAAGUAAAAAACAGCCACCAAAAUUCUAAGUCAUGAAACAGGACAGAAAACAAGAAAAGGCUUUUCUUUACCACCCACAAAAACAAUCAGAUAUUUUCAAUUGUUCAGCGUGGCAGAAACUCUGAGAGCAAGUGCCAAACAAUCCCAUGGAAUGUGCUGGCUUUUUCAGCAUUAUCAUACCUUAACAGCAUUAUCAACAUCCAAAUGUAAAUCAAGGCAGCUUUGUACCGUUCACCUUUUGCCUGGGCACAAUACCUGAGGUUUAAUGAACAGAACAUAAGCUCACAGUGAAUCUCUGAGCUUAUGCUCUCAGUUCCACUCUGAGAGACAAAACAAAUGAGCAAAGAGGGAAAAAAAAAACAAUAGGAAAACUUGAAACAGAUUCUGGAAGAUUCCAGUGUCUCCUGAGAGAGUCACGGUUCUUUAUCCUGAACAUCCUUUUCAAAACAAGAUCCUUCAGCUGUUGUGAGUGAGCCUUUGGGAACAGAUUUGGCUCCCAGCCCAGUGUGCUACAGCUCCCUGUCCCUGUAAGAAGGUGGUGUGUCUGGAGCACUGGGCCUGGACCCGGAGGGAGGGAGGCAGGCACGGAGCAGGGAUGCUCCUGGGAUGAGCCACAGGUACUGCCACAGUCAGCAGCACCACACUGGAAUGGUGUCCUCCUGCCUGCUCCCCUGACACCCUCACCCUCCUCACAUCCCUGUGCCAGUGUGGUACCUACCCAGAUGUGCCCAGCUCUGCAAAUAACUGUGAGCUCUAAAACAAACCAGGGAACUCUUUGGCUAAAAAGAAAAAAAAAAAACCAACCACUUAAAAAUAGUGAUGUGACAUAACUGCAGAGUGAUGCAGAGCAGGAGCAGGAGCCCUGGCUGUGAGGGGUUGUGGUGAUGGCUGGAAUGGUUUUGGAAUGUUAGUGGAAAACCACAGUUGUGAGCUCUGUGUAGUGGGCAGUGGCUGCCUGUUUGUAAAGAAUUAGCACCCUGUGUCAUCUCCAGCCUCUUCCUGUGUUUGGUUCCUGUCUGUAAAAUGGGAUGAUGAUAACCCUGGGGUAAGGACGUGCCAGUAUUUGAUUGACGUGCCAGAUUGUGCUGCACAGUCGUGCUGCUGAACUCUGCUACAAAUGUUUGGCCUCAUUGACUUCAGGUGUAAUGCAGAGUUAAACAAACAUCUGGCCGCAUUUUCCCUGAAAGGUGAGAUAUUUAAAUUAAUUUAAAGGCUGUCUGGCACUAUUGAUCUGCUCUCAGGGUUAAUGUGAAUGAAGCUUUUCCUGGUACUACAAUUUUGGAGACCUGGAGGUGCUCUGAGCUGAGAUGUGCUGAAGGAAGGAGGUAACUGGUACCUUCACUGAUGUUCCAGUGACCCCCUCCCACCUUCUGGUUUCCAUGUGGAACCUACAGCCACUGGCAGCCAGAAUUGCUCUUGAGCAUCCUGCAGUCACACAGUGACCUUGGGUAAGUGACUUUACAAUAAAUCAGUCUCAUGCUUGCUAACAGCUUUUUGGCUGCUGCGUCCACAAACUGGUGCCUUCUCCAGGCAAUUUUUCCAUGCCCUCUGCAAAGCUGUCACACUGACUGCUGGCUCUGGGGGAAUCAACCAAACCUUGCUCUUGGGCUCACAGUUGCUCUUCGGUACUGUUGUAAUCUGAAAGUUUGCUGCAAUUAGUGCAAAUACCAGAGGGAGAAAAUAAAAGGCUGUUCUCAGAUGUCCUGUAGAGUGAACAACUGAAACAUGAGUGUGGGAUGAGCCAGGAAAACUGGCAUUUUUCCCUGGCUGCACGCCAUAUGGAAGAGACAGUGCCUUGGAAGGGAAGGAGCAGAAAAGUUUGCCAUUGGCUCUGAUGAAUCCCAAUCCUGCUUCUACUGAAGUUGUUGGGAAUCCUCCCAUUGUCUUCAGUGUGAGCAAGAAAGGAUCUUAGGUGAGGAUGGAUGACUCUUUCCCUACUUGAAUGAAGUCUCUUGCCUAUUUAUGGGCCUGCUUCUAUUGAAACCGAGCCUGUUUUAGCCUUUUUGGGUUCUUAGGGACCUGUUUGUAUAAAGCAACUUACCUACCUAUCUUUUUUUUUUCUAUUGUGUGUAUUUUUUGUAUGUUCUGUUGGAAGGUGAAGCCUCUGUAGAAGGGGAUACAAAACCUGAUUUUUAAAUAGUAAUAAACCAAAAGAGAAUUAAACUCUG